GCGUGACCUCAUGCGCGAGGAGCGCCGGCCGCCCGCGCGGCUCCCGGCCGGAGGCGGGGGGGGGGGCGGGGAGCAGGGGGGGGGCCCUGACUCAGCCGGCGGCGGGGACUCACCGCGCGCACGCCGCGCUGACACACUGGCCACGCCGCGGGGCAGCCGCCGAUCACGCGCGGGUGCCGGGCGCCCAUUGGCCGCUGCCUCACACACCUUUGCCGGCGAUUGGCGGCGCGCCGCCGGGAGCCCCGCCUCCCCCCCGCCCCGCCCGCGCGCGGGGCUGGGGGAUCCGCCACCUGAAUGGGGAGCGGUGAACAAAAAGAGGAAAAUAAAGGCAGCGGGCGGAGAGCGGCGGUGGCGACGGCUCCGGGUAGGCUCGGCUCCAGCCCGCCGAAACAGAAGGAAGAGAUGGAGAUGAUGACUGAGAAGCAAAGAGAUUCUAGGUGUUUCUGGAACAGUACUCCUGAAACAAGUGAUUAUGAGGCUGUAGAAGCCCUUAUUUCUAUGAGCUGCAACUGGAAAUCAGACUUCAGAAAACAUGCAGAAAUGAGGCCUAUAACUCCAGCGUCUGACAUGUCAGAAGAGAGCGAUGAGGCUUUGAUUCCUGGAGCAGCAGACUUCCCUGCAAUACCAGCAUUUUGCCUGACCCCUCCCUACAGCCCUUCUGACUUCGAGAUGUCGCAUCCAGGGGCAUCGGCACCUGCUGUAGCGCUCGGCAGGUCACUGGCUGAGGCUGCCAAGCCUACUCCAGCCAUACCUCGAAGAGAGGCGGAGAGGCCUCCAGCAGGCGGGCCUCUGAAAGCUCAAGCCACCAGCGUUAUCCGGCACACGGCCGAUGCCCAGCUGUGCAGUCGCAAAACCUGCCCGGUGAGAACGGCCAGCGUGCUGAAGUACCAGGACAGUGCUGCGAGGGAAGCCAGCGGCAAACACAGUGCCGAAGCAGAACGUUUGGUGUGUGCUGCCGUGGCACCAAGCAAAGCCGGUGAUGAGAGCAUUGAGCCGCUGGUGGCAGAAGGCAAAACCACAGAAGCUGCUGUUGGUCUGGUGCCUGCGGCAAAGCCCUCAGUCGGCACGCAGCAGCCUGUCCCCGGGCUGGUGCAGCAGGCGGCAGUGGUGACACCACCUUGCUCCAGUCAAGGCAGUGGAGCUCCUCCCGUGCCAGUGAUUUGCCAGAUGGUCCCAGUGCCCACAAACAACAACGUUGUGACGGCCGUGGUACCCAACACCACGCCAAACCAGCAGCCAGCUCUGUGUCAGCCCAUGGUUUUCAUGGGCACUCAGGUUCCCAAGGGUGCUGUUAUGUUUGUUGUGCCCCAGCCGGUUGUGCAGAGCACAAAGGCUCCCAUUAUUAGUCCAAAUGGCACAAGACUGUCUCCCAUUGCCCCUGCCCCUGGCUUCGUACCUUCUGCAGCAAAAACCACUUCUCCGGUUGAUUCUUCAAGGAUAAGAAGUCACAUUUGCAGCUACCCAGGAUGUGGGAAGACAUACUUCAAGAGCUCCCAUUUGAAGGCUCACAUCAGAACACACACAGGAGAAAAGCCGUUUAGCUGUAGCUGGAAGGGCUGCGAGAGGAGGUUUGCCCGGUCUGAUGAACUGUCGCGGCACCGCAGGACGCACACCGGCGAGAAGAAGUUCGCCUGCCCGAUGUGCGAGCGGCGCUUCAUGCGGAGCGAUCACCUAACGAAGCACGCACGGCGCCACCUGUCGGCCAAGAAGCUGCCGAACUGGCAGAUGGAAGUCAGCAAGCUGAACGACAUCACCCACUGAGGGGGCUGGCUCCGAAGGCGGUGCAAUUAACUGUUGUUGCUGGGGCAUUGCCAGCGGGGAAAAGGCUUUUUCCUCCUGGCUGUGGCUCUCCUGCACCGGCUGCUGACGGCAGCGCAGCAGAGAGGCAAAGGCGGUCUGCGCUUGGUCACAAAGCAGCUUGCUGGGAGAAGCGGUGACUGACUGGGAUAGCGGGUGUCUUUUGCACUGGUAGGGAGAGAGGGAAAGGGGAAGCUGCAGGGCAGAGCAGCACACCUCAUGCCAGUUCUGAAUUCUGCAGAUUACUCAUAUAUGGCAGUCACACGGGAGUGUUGCUGCAGUUGGCUGCUGAUGCUUGAGACCAACUCCCCUUUUGACUGUCAGUUGUUGUCAGUCUGCAGCACAGCCCAGACUAGGCAGAGGCAGUGUAUGGGCACAGGCUCGAAUGGCCAGAAUGCACCUGCAUCAAAUAAUCCAAAUUGGUUUUCCUACUUCUGCCACCUUUUCUAGGUAGGAAUCUUCCUUUCCAUUCUCCAGCCCCAUCUUAAGUGAUGCUUUGGUACCAGACUCCUGGUGAUUUUGGACCUGUCCUCCUGCAUGGGGCAUUUAAUACACCCAGCUUUAUAAUGUUAUCCAGAGGGGGCUUGGGGUGGGUGUCCAGGGGCAGCACGAGGGCAGCUGCAGGGGUCAGAACAUUUCUGAAUCCUCGUUAGCUUUGUAAUAUUUUCCCAGCUUCUUUGGCAAUCUUUGUGAUCAUUACAGUUGGUUAUCCUGGGACAUCUUAUGGCACUUCUGCUUUUGUGUUGCUUAUGGUUUCCUUUCUACCUUCUCACAACUGUACCACAGCCUUGGUCAGGAGCAGGUACAGUGCACUUUUAAGAGAAAAGAAUUGUAACUGUAGACUACUCGGGUUGGUUAGGGAAGAAACCCAAGACUCUUAGGCUUCUUGAUCAUGUUAUUCAUGGACAGAUGGUUUAUGCUGAAAAUGAACAGGAUUUCUUUUGUAAUGUAUGGUGUUAAAUUAGGAAGUUGUGAUUUGACAGGUGAAACGAGGCAGUAAAGGCACCGGCCUAGGAUCUCAACUAUAGCUUUUGUGACAAAUAAUGCAGCAGCUUUCACUAUUUCUAUUUUAUCAUACUAUGUGGAGGACACAGAAGGUGAAGAGUUUGAAAACAGUGUAUUAGCUUUUUGUGACUACUUUAAAGAUUUGCACAUUUCUUACGUUGUACUUUAUACUUUGUUUACAGUAAAACCCAUUUUCUUUAAUA